AUGAAGGUUUUCAUCUGCCUGAUUGCCUGCCUCAGCCUGGCCCAAUGCGGAUUCAUCGGAGAAGGCGGUGGCUGGUCAUACGGAUUAGGUGAUGCCGGUGCCUGGUCAUACGGAGGAGCUGGCGCCCCCACCAUCGUCAAGGUCAUCAGCGAGGAGGCUGGUUAUGGCGGCGGCGGUUGGGCCGGUGGCUACUCCGGCGGCUACUCUGCUGGCUAUGUCCAUGCUCCCGAGGAGGUGAAGAUCGUCAAGGUGAUCAGCGAGGCGGGCCACGACCAUGGCCAUAGCCACGGCCACGGCUCCGAGGUUAAGAUCAUCAAGGUCAUCGAGGAGGAGGUUCACGGCCAUGGCCACGGCCACCACGUCGAGGAUGUGAAGAUCAUAAAGGUGAUCGGCUCCGGUGGCCACGGCGGCUGGUCCUCCGGUGGCUACGGAUGGAAGUAAACAGAUCCUCGCAGAUUCCCGGACAGCCAAGCGGAUCCCAGUCGCUGAUGUCAACUCGCUUGUUUUUGUUGUCGGAGUUGUGCGGCGAUGUUGGCCUUUUGCGAUGCUCGAAGUUAGUUUAAGGUAGUGCACGCGUUUUGUGUGUGCGCUUAAGACCAUUACUUUUUUUGCUAAUACACAAGGCAGAGAAAUACACAAAGAAAAAAUGGAGA